AGAAGUGAGUUAGCGGAGUGAGGAAAUAACAGUGAACAUUUCAUUUGCUUUACCUAUUAACUCUAAGGUGUAUAAUAUUUUUAUGUAAAGAAAAUCGUUAUCAUGACCAUUAUUAGUAUCAUGUUUUUGUGAAUAAAACGAACAUAAGAUAGUCUGAUUUUUUUUUAAUGUUGACAAUCAUCUUCGAAAUCUAAAAAGAAACGACGACUACCUCAAAAACAUUAAUACUGUGAUAACGUUUGUUCACUCAUCACAAAUUGAAUCAUUAUAAGUAUUGUUUCCAUUGUUUCUCAAAAAAACACUGAUGUAAUAAUGAACCGAUUUCUUUGAACCGCUUCACUGAUCAUUAUGAUGACGACAUUGUUAAAUAAUAUUAAAGAACCGUUACAUCAUAUACCAAAUCAACCAGUUAUGACGGUUACAUCGAAUUAUACAGAUUUAACUAUGCUAAAUACGAAAAUAACUACUAGUAACAACAAUAAUAAUAACAAUGGGAGUGAUAUCACUACUCAUAAUGGUAUAACAAGUAGUAGCAGCAGUGGUCAUUGCAGUGAUAAUAACGAUCUAAAUGUUGUUGAAUCACAUUUAUUACUAGACAACUGUGAUGAUGCGAUGUUAUCAUCAUGUAACAGUUCACUUAUAAUGGAUGAACAUGAAACUAACUCAGGCAGUAAUUCACCAAUGACCAAUGCAAGUGUUACCAUGGCAACUAAUGAGAAUAUUAUGACUAAUACAAACAACAACAACAACAACGUCAGCACUAACACUAAGAAUAACAGUACACAUUCUAUAAUGCAUACAUCGCCAUCGUCGUCUUCGUCUCCAUCAUCAUCGUCAUCAUCAUCAAUAUUGGAGCAUCAUCAAAUAUCUACCUUCAAGAAUAGAGAGUCGAAUGAUUUUCGUUGGAAUACGAAAAAUACAAAAUUAUUUGUUGGACAGAUACCAAGAAGUAUGCAAGAAAAUGAUUUACGGGUAAUAUUUGAAGAAUUUGGACCAAUUUAUGAUCUGUUAAUCUUAAGAGAUAAAAUUACUGGGAUGCAUAAAGGUUGUGCCUUCGUUACAUUUUGUCAUAGACAAUCAGCUUUAAAAUGUCAAGAUGCUUUACAUGGUAAACAGACGUUGCCUGGGAUGGCAAGACCAUUACAAGUAAAAACUGCUGAUAUGGAACGUCGUACAGAAGAACGUAAAUUAUUUGUUGGUAUGUUAAGUAAACAACAAAAUGAAGAUGAUGUCAGAUUAUUAUUUGAACCAUUUGGUACAAUUGAAGAGUGUACAAUACUUCGAGAUCAAAGUGGAAAUAGUAAAGGGUGUGCGUUUGUAAAAUUCUCUACACAACAGGAAGCACAAUCCGCUAUUCUUACUCUACAUGGAAGUCAAACAAUGCCGGGAGCUUCAUCAAGUAUCGUUGUGAAAUUUGCCGAUAGUGAAAAAGAACGUCAUACAAGAAAAAUUCAACAAUUAAUUGGUCCAAUGGGUUUAUUGAGUCCAACCAUAGCACUGUCUCAACUAAAUGGUAAUAUGUAUUCACAAAUGAUAGAGAAUAUGGCACAAACAACAGGUUAUAUAAAUCCAGUUGCUGCAUUGGCAUUACAACUUCAGCAUGCCAGUCAGUUAGCUACAGUCAACUUACCGACUAAUGUAACAAAUUUAGCAAUGAUUUCUGCUUUAACCAACGGUUCCAGUGGACAUUUAGGCUGUGCUCCACUACUGCAUAGUCCACGUUCAGGUACUGUUAAUCUAUCGCCUAACUGUCAUACAAAUCCAAUGGCUGCGGCAGCAGCUGCCGCCGCUGUGCUUGGUAUGUCCGGCAAUAAUCCUCAGCUAACACAAAUAUCACCUCAAAUGGCAGCUUUAUCCAAUGUAAGCAGUACAUGUAUUUCUGGAGAGACAGGAAAUAAUAACCCCACUAAUAAUGGAAACUCUACAGCAGCAGCGGCCGCCGCUGCACUCAGUACAAAUGCAGCAAUGGCUGCAGCCGCCGCAGCUGUAGUUGCUAUGGCAAAUGGGAAUGUGACAGGGAAUGUGAAUUCAAAUGGAACAACAUGUGGUUUGACAGGACAAACAAUAGGCUUAGGAUCUCCCGGAACUGGUGGUCAUACAUUGGCUCUACAUGGAGUUCCUGGGACACAUACACCAUCGGCAACUCUCAGUGGUCUUGGCGCUGUUUCUCUUCCUUUGAAUCAAGCAAUUUCAAAUACUUCUUUUGGCUUAAAUACAUUAACAUCUCCAUUAACUGGACUUCCUACUGAUGCACUUUCCCAUUUGUAUCCCAGUGUUCCAACUUAUGGAUUAUGUAAGUGUCGUUUUCAUGGAAUAAUACCGCUGAAAAUUGUUUAAAACAUAGCCAUUUCCCUAUAGGUGAAGUUCAUAUUACCUCCUCCUUUAGCAUUAUUGAAAUAAUUGUUUUUAAGCUAUACUACAUUGUAUAAUGGUGAAUGUAUCUCUGUUCGAAUCAAAUAAUUAAAAGCUGAAUGGUUUCACAAUCAAGUCUAUUCAGAGGCAUAAACAGUGACUCAUGGAUAAUGGAUAUUACAAGCCAAGUUCUCUUAGCUAUCGAUUUUCAACAAAAAUUAGCAACAUUUAGAUUUCUACAGAGUGAUAUUUAUAGUUCAGUUAAAUUAUGUUGUUUUUAGUGCAAGGUUAUGAAGCAUUAAAGUUUGCAUAUAUAUUUCCUAACGAAUCGAAUUUCAAACAAUCAAACUUUACAUGGUUGAUUACUAAAGGCAAAAGCUUUGUUAACCUUAUCAUGUACAAUUAUUUUACUCAAACUGAGUUAUGUGUAAAAGUUCGCCAAUCUAAAAGAGGAGAUUUACAUCUCAAGAUGAUAGUGUACCUGCAUGUUUGUGUUUGAUUACUUUAAUCAUUUUAUACAUAUGGUGCCCUUUAUCAUUUUGAAUAGAGCAAGAACAAAGAUUCUAAUAGAAUAGCAUGAAUUCAUUUUUAUUUCGUUAGGCUCUCGUCAGUUGCUUACAUUCUGUGAUAUUUAGAAAAUCAUAAUUACAGAAUGGGUUUAAAUUACUUACAUGAGACGGUUUGGUUGGAAGUUAUAUUGAAGACACAUUUUUAUAGCAUAGUAAGGGUGGAAAUAAAUUGAAUAGACUGAAUGUUGUAAAUAUAUAUACCUUAUGUGAAAGAAUAUUCUACAAUAUUGAUUGUGACAACAGUACAAACGGCCAGAAACAAGUGAUUAUAUAAUGAGUAAACAUUGAUAGGAAUAUAGUGAAUAGAGACCAGUUAAUUAAAAUAAGAUUAUUAAUUUGGAAGAUAGUUGAAAUAAAACGCAAUGAUGUAAUCAAUGCAAGAAAGAGUUUAAAGAAAAAGAAAAAAAACAUUUUAGGAUGUAGCGAAGGAAUAUUUGUCAUCAAAGCAAGGGAAGAUUAAUAACCAUUUCCUUUUGAACACAUUAGUUUGAUUUUUGACGCCUGAUAGCAACGGCUUCAGCAAACUUCAAAACAAUGAAGUUUGGCAGCUUACUAAUC